GUGUGCCGACAGUGCAAAGCCUGUCCGUACCCCCGAGCGGCCGCAGAGAACGUCAUCGUCGUCGUCUAUCGCUGGUUAUCGGCCCCUGCCGUAGUGGACAGCGCAACGCCCGGGAUCGACCGCUAGUCAGUGUGUCGUGCCGUGCCGCGCCUUGGUGGUGCUCGCAGAGGAUGGUCGACAGGUUGGCCCAUAACGUGCUGCUGGAUGUGGAGCAGGCGAUUGCGUUGUUCGGUGAGCUGGCCGCUGUUACGCCGGAUCAGAGCGGCCUACAACCACCACGCUCGCUUCUAUCCGCCGUAGUGCACAAGUUGUGUGAAGAGGAACUGGGCCAUGUCGUCGAAAUUGUGCGGUUCCUGCGGUGUUACUAUCAAUCCGAAACGGAACAACCAGAUCUGCGCGUUGAGGUGCUACUGAUCGGGGUGGAGGAGCUUCUUCGUUACCUUAACGCGCUGGUACCGUGUGUCGCCCGGACGGGUUGUACGUUGCUGGUGUACGGAGCGCUCGAUGAGUUGCUGAGCACGGGUUGCCUUACCGUUGCUUCCGGUGGUUCCGGUGGUGGUGGUGGUGGUGGUGGCACCGGCAUCGAACCAACGUUUCUCGAUCUCGAAGACACCGUGCAGCGUGCCGGGAACUUGAAGCUGUCGAUCGAGUACAUCGUGCGUGAUGUGGCGUCCGCCAUCGCCCAUCCCUUGACCGACGAUGACGCCGCCAGUCUGGGGGCACUGUUUGAGCACAUCGGAUACGAUCUGCUGCGACGGUUGGUGGACGAAGCGUACGCUGAUCACGCCACCGGACUGGGUCACAUUUGUGACUUUGUGGAGCAUCUGCCCUGUAUCGAUCAGCAGAUUGUCGCCUGUCAGGUGCUGUACCGGCGGAUGAGCAUGGAUUCGGCCCGAUUUCGUACCGGUGCGACCGUGCUCGCCUUCCGGAUGCGCAAAGUGAUGCGCUACACCGACUUUGGCCGCUCAAAGUAUGCCGGCGAGAUGCGGAAGCUGAAGCUGCGCCUUCCGGAAGGGGUGUACGCGAUCGUGUGGGGUUACGUGAACAUUGCCGGCACCCAGUACCUGGCACCGAAGGGUCGCCAGGAGCGGAUCGGUGAGCUGCGGUGCAAACCGGCCGCCUGGAUCGAAACGUGCAGCAAGGCGGCCAAACACGAGCUACAGACGGACGAUCGGGGCAAGUGUUUCGCGAUCAAGAACACACAUACCGGUCUCUACCUCACGGAGCAGGAACAGGUGGGCGGAUUCUGUUACGUCGAGUCGUCGCAGGACCGGUGGACGGUCGAGGUGAUCAAGCGCGGUGAAGAUGUGGGCUACAAAAUCACCAACCUGCGCACCGGCAAUCCGCUCGUACCGGAGGGUGACGUCCGUAUCGGGAUCGAUGAUCAGGUCGAUGGGUUCAAUCUGGUGGACUUUAACGAACGGGCGCUGGUGAUCGUGCAAAAGUUUGAGCUACACCGGAAGAAGGCGGCCUGUGUUGUGCAGUGAGAUCGGCGCCAGUGCCGCCCCCUGAUGUGUGUUUUUUCAUGACAAUUAUGACAAUGAAUUCAAUUAAAAGGACUCCGAUCCAUCGCACUAAAGUC